AUGCCCUACGCGCGCAAAAGAUCCCACCAUGGUCGUCGAGACAUUCAAAGAGCCAUGCGCACUCGUGCGCGCAAGCUUGAUGCCGAUCAAAUCAGCGACAAUUUGCGCUCGAGCGAGAAGACGGCAGCCUUGCUGAAUCCGAGCAACUUGGAUGUGGACAAACCUGGUCUCGGAUUGUUCUACUGCAUCCAAUGCGAUCGUCAUUUCCCUACCGACAAAGAUCGAGAAUCGCAUCUCGCAAGUAAACAGCACAAACGCAGCGCCAAGAGGGCUGCGGAAGAGGCGCACACGGUUGCAGCGACCGGGCUGUCAGUCGGAGUGGGAGUAGACAACACACAACGCUCGGCUCCUUCGGUGAAGGCGUCUGUCCAAACCGACCAAAUGGCGGCGUAG